CACCGCCGCCGCCAACAACCUGGCCGCCACCGCCGUCGUCAACACCUCGACUCCCAUCACUGCCACUGCUCCAGACUGCCGCCACCGCCAUCGCUGCUUCUCCUCUUCCUAGGCCGUCGUCAACACGCUGACCACCAUGGCAUCACUGCCACCGCUCUCUCUUUUUCUGCGUCACCGUUUUUCCUUUCGACUGCCACCGCCGCCGUCGACACCCUCACCAGACACUCUUUCUCAAGGCCACGCCUAUUCUCUACCCGACCCCGCAUCCCAAUCACGUCCUCUUCCUCUCUCUCCCCCCUCCCUCUCUCUCUCUCUCUCUCUCUGUGUGUGUGUGUGUGUGUGUUUGUGUGUGUGUGCCCGUCAUCUCCUAACAACCACUCUACAUUCCAAUCACCAUCCUUGUACUGAUCUGCUCAAUCGGGGACCUGAGCGGUUGCUCAACACCGCUAGCGUUCUCGGGAAUGCUGUAGACGGAAACGUGGUACGUGCCGACGACCUCCUCCUCUCGGUCCUCCUCGGCCGCGCCCUCGGGCAAGUACUCGACAUGGAUCGUGUAGGGCACCAGCUCAGUGCACCUGUUGCUGACUACCGGCCCGGUCGGAGCACUACGGCGCUCCUCGCCACCCUGUGCCCGGACCGCCACGGCGUCCGCCUCGGCACCGCCAGCCGCGGCAGCAGACUCGGCAGCAGCGCCCAGCACGUCGUCCCCAACGGGCAGGUCGCCCUCGUUGACCAGCUCGACGAACUCGUCCUCGUCCUCCUCCUCGGAAUCCUCCUGCAGGUGCUGGAAGUCGUGGGCCUCGGCGUCCAUCUCGAACACGCAGUUGCACUCGUGCUCAAAGUCGCGGCUCGCCCACUCCCACACCUUGCCCCCGAAGCUCGGGCCCUCGGCCUUGACCACCUCGAACAGCUGCUCCUCCAUCACCUCGGGCAGCGUGCCCAGCAUCGACGCCAGGUCCAUCUUCUCGUCUUCGUUCGCCGCGUACUCGCCAAACACCUCGUCCGCCACCUCGCGAAGCUUCUUACUGCCGGCCUUUCUCAGAUCCUUGGCAAUGUCGAGGAUCCGCCGGUAGCGGCACUGGUUGCAGUAGGCCUGGAGGUGCAGCCCCCCGGCGGCCUCGGCCUCCGGCUUCGUGGUCGGCACCGAGUGCAGCUUGCACGCGGCGUCGACGUGGUCGCCCGGCAGCUUGGCGGGCUCGACGUAGUGGCCGCACUCGGCGAACUGCAGGUGCUCCUGGCACAGCGGGCAGCUGAGGCGCGCGCGCUUGCUCUCGCGCCGGAAGUCGAUCCACGACGGGUGCCGCGUCGCCACGUACCCCUCCCAGCACCCCACGCACGCCAUGUGCCCGCACGGCAGCACGAUGCCCGGCACGCGCUCGCCGGCCGCGACGACGGCGGCGGACGACGGCGGGACGCCGACGAUUUCCAGCUCGUAGACUUGGCACAUCAUGCACAGCACGUGCGGGACGGACGUGGCCGAGGCCGUGUCGUUGAUGUACUCUCGCACCCGGUGGUACAUGGUCUCCUGGUGGAUUGGCUUGUCGCUGGCGGGAGCGGCCUGCGCUGCGCCGGGGGUUGUGGUGGUGGCGGGGGCGGCCGUCUCCGGGACUGCAGCCGGCGCCGCGACCUCGACGGGGUCGUCGAGCAGCGAGUAGAUGUAGGGGGUAUCGGGAGUAUCGGUCAU